AUGGGCUCGCACCUGCCGCCGCGCCCCGAGCCCCAGCUGGUGCUGCAGCUGGCGGCCGGGGCUCUGCAGGCGCAGAACUUGGAGGCGCCGGGCGGCGGCCUGGGGCCCGAGUGGCAGGUGCUGCUCGGGAGGGCGGACGCGCUGGCGUUCGGCGGGCGGCUGCACGAGGCGCUGCCGCUGUACCAGCUGGCGUCCCGCCACCAGCAGCUGCGCGCCGAGCAGCUGGAGAAGCUGGUGGAGUGCCUGGCGCAGAGCGUCCGGAUCAAAGAGGGGCUGCCCGGCGGCGGGCAGCCCGCGGCACCCCGCGAGUGGGACGUCUUCAGGUGCCGCAAAUGCCAGGGCUUCCUCUUCGAGCCCGUUUCCUUGCCUUGCGGACACACGUUCUGCAAAAAGUGCCUGGAGAGGGACCGGGCGCCCGAGUCUCGCUGCGUCCUGUGCAAGGAGGCGGGCGGCGCGGCGGCCGGGCAGCUCCUGCGGGUCAAUGUCAUCCUCAGCAACCUGCUGACCAAGUGGUUCCCCUGCCAAGUGAAGGCUUCGCAGCUCCGGCACGAAGGGAACCUCCUCUAUAAGGAAAAGAAGCUCCAAGCCGCCCUGCAGAAGUAUAACGAAGCGGUCAGCCUAGCUCCAAAUGACCACUUACUAUAUAGCAACCGGUCCCAGAUUAACUCUACAUUGAAAGCUUGUGAAGAUGCAUUGCAUGAUGCAGAAACAGCAUGCAGGCUCCAACCAUACUGGUUGAAAGGUCACCUAAGGAAAGGACAAGCAUUAGCUAAUCUGGGGAAAACAGAAGAAGCUUUAAGGGAGUUUCUAUUCUGCCUUGCUCUAGAUACUGGGAACAAGACAGCCAAGUCUGAGGCACAAAAGCUUCUACUUAGUUUGUUUUCACUCAUCCCGGGAAAUGCUCAGGAACACUUACCCGAUAUCCUGCAGCUGUUGUCACAUCACUCUAGAUUAAAGGGGAAUCUCCUAAAUUCAGUGGGAUCUGGAGGCACCAGCCAUAACCUACAAAGGUUGCUCAAGGUCAACGUGGAACAGAAAAAGGGUUUUUCCAUUCAAGAGGAACCAAAUGUAACUACUUCUGGUAGUUUGAGGAAAUCUAUACAAAUUACAGAGAACAAAAAGGACUGCUCAGAGGAGGAGAACAAAUUCACCUCCAUGCCAGAGUCUACUUUUCUCAUAUCUGAAAAAUGCAGCCUCCUAAAAAGGAAGUGCUGCUCAGAGGAGAUGCGAAAUGCUGAGGUGCCCUGCAAACUGAUGAAGAAAGACAUAGUUGAUUCUAGGGAAAAUAGUACUGGACAGCAUAUUCCAUUUGAAGUUGUGGAUCCAUCGGAUUUGGACUGCUCCCUGUGUAUGAGGCUCUUCUAUGAACCUGUCACUACACCUUGUGGACACACCUUCUGUCUCAAAUGUCUGGAGAGAUGCCUGGAUCACAACCCAAAAUGUCCCCUGUGCAAGGAAGGGCUCUCAGAGUGCUUGGCUAUGAGGAAAUACUGUAAAACUGUGCUAAUGGAGGAGCUAAUAGCCAGAUAUCUUCCAGAAGAACUCACUGAAAGGAGAAAGAUUUAUGAAGAGGAAAUAGCAGAGCUUUCCAACCUAAAUAAGAAUGUUCCCAUAUUUGUGUGCACAAUGGCUUAUCCUACAGUCCCUUGUCCUUUGCACAUCUUUGAGCCGUGUUAUCGGCUGAUGAUCCGGAGGUGCAUGGAGACUGGCACCAAACAGUUUGGGAUGUGCAUCAGUGACCCUGUCAAGGGGUUUGCAGAUUAUGGCUGCAUUCUGGAGAUAAGAAAUGUUGAAUUCUUUGCUGAUGGUCGCUCUGUUGUAGACAGCAUUGGCAAGAGGAGAUUUAAGGUGAUCCAGCACAGCCAGCGUGAUGGAUAUAAUACAGCAGAUAUUGAGUACAUUGAGGAUCAAAAGGUGCAAGGACAAGAAUAUGCUGCAUUACUUGUUCUCCAUGACUCUGUCUAUGAUCAGGCUUAUACGUGGUUUAACUCCCUCAAGCAAGCACUCAAAAGUCGAAUUCUCAGUCAUUUUGGUCCAAUGCCAGCCAAGGAUCCUGACCCGCAGGCUAACCCCAACGGGCCAGCCUGGUGCUGGUGGGUGCUGGCUGUCCUUCCCCUUGAGAACAGAGCCCAGCUCCCGUUCCUGGCCAUGAAAUCCCUCAAGGACCGCUUGAAUGGCAUCCGGCGCGUCCUCACGUUCAUGUCUCGUACGAGGGCACGGUGAUGAUUUGAGUGUCAGGAUGUUUCAAGCCUGAAUUUCAAAGAGACCGAGUUAUAAAGAGCAGGGGAUGUUUAUGGAUACUUCAAUUGUUUCCAUUUGGAACUGAGAUGAGUAUUCAAUCACUGCACUGCUAAAUUAACAACAAAUGUGAUAAAACAAAAAGUGAUCUUGUUUGCCAUAAACCUUUUAAAAAUCCUAAGGGUUUUUUAAUUUAUUCUAUUUUAUUUUUAGUGGAUUAGGAUAAACUGUGCAGUUUAAUGUGAAGCAGAAAUAAUAAGGUUAAUGCAUUAUUUCAGUGAACUGCAAAGUCUUUUCUUCAAAUGGUUCAGGUUUUAUAUAGCAUUGUGUAAAAUAAUGUUCACAACUUCUGUUUGAUAAUUUAUUUUUGCACUAUGAUUUUUUUGUUUCAAAAUGUAUAUUAUUUAUGUGUUCAUUCACUAAAGGAAAGUGAGCUGCUCUAUUUAUAGUGUUUUUUACCCUGUAUUUAUGACUGGGGCAAAAAUGAUGAUUCUAGCAGUGCACAAGCGACUGCUUUGAUAAUUUUUCAGUUAUUUGUGUUGAAAUAUUUUGAAUGUUUUUCUACUCAUCCCGAGUUCUACUCUAGCUUAAGAACACGCCCAAAACAUCCUGCCUUGAAGUAUUUGAAUACACAGUUUGUCUGAGUUAAUUCAAGCACAGCUGUUGAACGUUCAUCCUAUGCUUGUGGUGAGGUUCCUGAUACAACCAGUCAAGCACCUGCUUAAGCAUGUGUUUAAGUACUUGGGUAAAUUCAAGUAUGGAUGGUUGAUGUCAAUGGGAAUUGACCAUAGUGGUGACAGAAGGAUAAUAUUUCACAGAACAGAAUAACUUGAAGUUGAAUUUAUAUCUGAACUCUUUCUUGCAAAAAUGGACAAUGGCUACAAACAACUGUGAAGAAAGAGCUGCAAUAUAUGGAAAGUGGCUUAUCCUAGAGGAAACUGGAAGUACUGGUGUCAUUUCAUUGUAGGUUAAUACAUAGAUUUUUUUUUCCCCCCCAUCAACUCUUGUUGCUGUUAAGAUGAGUUUUAUUUCUUUUAAUUGUUUGGUGGGAUUGGCUUUGGAGUAUGUUUAUGGGAGGGGGAGGGGGGAGUUAUUUUGAACUGUAGGACUCAGAGGGUAGUUUGUGUCACAUAAGAAGGAAUAUGUUGUAAUAAAUGCUAUUUAUUUCACCCCAAUCUUCAGGUUUCUGUUAGCCUCAAAUCUCUACCCAGACAUUGCUUUUCUCUUAAGAGAUUGGGUAGUGUUGCUAAUAAUAACUAUUUCCCAAGGAAAGCAAGUGAAUUUUAGUGUGAUUACUUCUAGCUAUAAAGCAGGUAAAAAUAGGGCAGAAAUGAGAACAGGAAGUAUCUUGGUUUUGAUUUUUUUUAAUCAACAGUUCAUAUAGUUGUUUUGCUGCUUUUAUUGCUUACAUUGUACCACUUUCUGGUACACUCCUUUUAUUGCUUUCAGUGAUAACUCCAUCUGAUUUUGAAUUUCACUUAUAUUCAAUGUGAGCAAAACUGGGCCUUUUAUUCUAAGCUACUGUAUUCCUUUUCAGUGGCAAAAUCUAGAAUGAAAUGAGAAUGUUAUGGAAUGCUAUAAAUUUCUUUGGGUUUUUUUACACGGGAUAGCACUCUGCCAUUUCAUGCCUUUAUGAAAAAAAAUGCAGCAGAAUUUAAUGUCAUUUUUCUGCAUGUUUUUCAAUUAUCUCAUGACAAAUAUUUAUUAGUUAGAAGUAGUUUCCAUAAAGCUACCUUUGUUCCCCUUUUGUUAAAUUCUGUAAAACAUUUUUAUAAGGGUACCAAAGAAAAAAAUGGAAAACAAACAUGUUUCACCGUUGUGGUGCACAUGGAAUCUGUAUCCUGUUUGCAUUGAGCUACUUUGGAAAUGCUGUAACUUCCUUCCAUACUGCUGGAUUGCUGCACGUCCUCCAUGAGUGGUACUUGGCAUGCUGUAAACAAUAUAUAAAAACACCAACAUGUUCUGAACAGUACCAAGUGAUGGUGGCUGACACCUGCUAUGGCGUUUUGUCUUCAAGUCAACAACAAAGUGAUUUCUAUUUGUUUGGAAGUGAAGCUGCAUUAAAUGCAAUUCUUCCACAAACCAUUAUGUACUAUUGCAGAGCGUAAGUGUCUCAUAUUGCUCCCACAGGAAAAAAAGCUUCCACCGUUGUUACUCUUAUCUGUGAGAAAAGCAGCUUAAAUCCUAAUUUAAACUGUUUUCUCACUGAUGUAAUUAGUUUUUUAUCCUGCAUGCUGUGUCUCCUACAUACUCAUUCUGCCUAUUUUGUUGUUUUAGAAAUUGUCAUGGAAAGAAUCCUUAAAGAUGAAUAUUGUCUUUUCUGUUAGCCUUGAGUAAAGCUGCCGGAAUUUCCAAGCAGAGACUUGUGUACAUGCCCUACAUUGUGAACACCCAGUGCAUUUGUUGCAGCCUGGAAACAUUUGACCUACUGCAUUUAAUGCAAACAGGUGAUCUGCAUAUGCACAACAAAUCAAAAUUCCAUCUGUACAGGUACAGUAGCAUUCUUUCUGGGGCUGCUCUGUGGUCACACAUCCUAGAUUAGUGGCUAAAGUCUGCAAGUUCCAUCAGAAAUGUAAACCAAUGCUGAGAAAGAUAUAUGGUAAAGAACACAAACCUGUCCAGGAAAGACUGGACAAGAAGUACCCUUAGCCUUCAUUCUGUUGGGAUGGUAAAAUUCCAGUAAUGAUGUUUAAAACCAAAAUAAAUCUAGGUAUGCCACACUAUCACUGAUUAUUUUCAGUUGCAUAAAUAAGUACAAGGAUGUAAAUGCAACGUUUAUCAUGGGCAUGAAUAAACAGCUGAUUUAAAAAUACCUUCAGUUUAAUUAUAGAAAUAGCAUUGAUCAGAUAAAAUACUAAUUGGGGGAAUAUUUUAUUUAAGCUGCUCACAUUUUUCUAGGCACCAAACCCAGUUUUAUAACCAGUCUUGUUCAUCUGCUAAAAACGAAAAACCCAACAGACCAAAUCAUGACUCAAACUUGCAUUUCCUGUGUGGUCAGAAAUAUUGAUUAAUUGUUGUGGGGCCAUAAGUAAUGCAUAGGCUGCUUAGACAGUAGUUCAGUAGUUUUAAUAAUGAAAUGAUAAAAUGCUGUGAUAGGCCUUUAUGGUAAGUCUUAAGUGAUUUUCUGGUGUUAGUUGUAAAAUUUCCUCUUGCUUUUUUUUUUUUUUCUGUAAUUACUUUAUGUGCUGCUGUCUUCCAUUACAAUGUAGCAAUAAGAGAUCCUGGCUGUCAGACUGAAUGGCUGAUGUGUUGCUCAGCCUGUCCUUCUGUCCUGUAUGACUUCUUACUGACAGAACACCUCAACCAUGGAUUUAUUACUCCAAAGAUUGUUUUAAUCUUAAAAAAAAAAAAAAAUGUGGAUUUGGAUGUAGCAGGUCUGUCUUAAUCUGUGCUGUAGAGAAAGAGCUUCAUAUACAGUUGAGUUCUGUUUUAGAUGGUCUUUUCACAGAAUCAUAGAAUCCCAGGCUGGAAAGGACCUCAAGGACCAGCUGGUCCAACUUUUCUUGGCAAAAGCAUGGUCUAGGCAAGAUGGUCCAGCAGACUAUCCAGCCAAAUAUUACAAGUGUCCAAUGUUGGGAAAUCCAACACUUCCCUGGGAAGAUUAUUCCAAUGGCUGAUUGUUCUCAUUGUGAAAAAUUUUCUUUUUAAUGAUUUCUGCUUGGUGCUGAAGUUUUACUGGUGUUUAAAUCAAUCAGAGGAGUUGUAUUUAAAUGCAAUGUUUAGGAAUGGAGAACAUGUUCACAAACACUUAUUUAAGAAAGAAAGUGAAAAUUAACUAUAGGGUUUUUGUGCAUAAAAACCCCAUGGAACUAUAUGCACUUAGGGUAGUGCUCCCCAUUUCCCCCAAGUCCUACAUCAGAUGAACACAAUCCCUCUUUUCAACCCCUGCUUAGUUCUCAUUUAAUUCACAACUGAAGCUGUAACUAGUGCAGCACCUUGUUUAGGAACAGGUUUAUUUCCAAAGCCCAGUAACUCACUGGAAGUCUUAUGGCAAUAGCAAAAUGGUAGUUUGAGCAAAGUCACUUUCUUGAAACACUUUGCUAAAUAAAUACUGUCUGAAAGAAGAAAGAAACUAAUCUGCUUAGACAGAAUUAAAAUGGUGGGUAAUAAAAACCUGAACUAUUACAUUGACUUACUCAUCCAGGUAUCAUGUGAAGUGCUUACUAAUGUUGGAUUUUCAUAAGGUCUAAAGUAACCCUCACAUAGAAGUGCCUGUAUUAUGUUAUUGCCAUUCUUGAGCUUUUUAAUAGUCAUAGCCAUAUAUUUUAUAAAUAUAAAACAUAUGCACCUUUUAAUCUUUACAUUCAGUUUGCAGAACAAAGGUUUACAGAGCAGAAGUGUAGCAAAAACAAUGUAAUAGCUUCUAUAAUUCCCUGAUAAGGAACAGGAGAAGUACAAAUAUGAGGAGCAAAAGACUAUCUGUGUAAGAUGUCUUAAUUUGAAACCAUAUACUUGUCCAAUUUAAUUCCAUCAAGCUAUGUGGUUACAAGAGUGCCAGAAAUAUAUCUCUCAAGCCAUUUUAAAUAAAAAGUUUUGUGGACUUGUAUAUUCCAUUUGUUUGUAAAACAUCCUUUUGUGCACUGUAAUGAACUUGAAAUGAAACUUAAGUUAUACUCUCAUAUCACUGGACAGAGUACUGUUCAGCUACCUCUACAUAAGUUUGAAGUAAUUUGUUUUUUCCGGAUUUGUUUGCAUUGUCAUAUAAAAUAUAUUUUAAAAAAAUCAUAGUCCAAAGAACCUGUAUGUGUUUGUAGAUGUACUUAUAACUAUGUUGUACCAACAAAGUCUGUGUGGAGAGUUGUUUCCUAAUUAAAAUUUUUGUCUUCUUUA